GAUCUAUCUUGACAUCAGUGCUUGACUAUAGAAUACCUACUAUGGUCAAGUCACGAUCAAAGCAGAAACAAGAAUACACUUACCUCUUACUGCACAAUGCAUACCCGGCGUUUACUGCAUCUCAGCCACACAUCAAGGAACAAUGCGAUUCUAGGACAUUUCCGUUGUUCAAUUUUCUGACAGCUUCUCUAUAAAACUGUUCAUCAUGCCAAAAAGAUGCAUAUGCCCCCAAUUUAAUUAACGCCGCCACGAACAACUAUACUCUCCGUAAUGAAACUCAACCUUCCUCAGAGAGUGACAGAGAGCGGUAAUGCCUCCAUCUCCCACCGGGUUAGCUCUGGGUCUUCGCCUUUGCUCAGAAGCAGGAGUCUUUCGCCGUCCUUGCGGUCUGUUUCUCCGAUUGGAUCCACAGCACACAGACCAGCUUCUCCACCUUCCCCUUUAGAACUUUCCCGCCACCUCGAGCGCCUUUCCAUUCUCCCGCCACCGCCUAGUGCGCAAGGCUUUCCCGAGGGCACAUUCUUUCAUGUCUGUAGCGCCCCUCCCCCUGCUCUUUACACCAACCUGCUGCUCUCUGACCCAUUCAGAAUGGACGUCCCCCGUAUCACUCACGCCCGUCCUAGCUCAUAUCAGAGCAUGAACGAUCUUAUCCUGUCGCGUCGCAGUUGUUUCGAUAUUUUCCCUCCCAGAAUUCCGUCUCUCGCCCUUCCCGAGCCUGAGCCACCUGUGGUCAAGCAGGAAUAUCCGCCUGUUAUCUACAUACCCCCAGCUGAGGAAGAUCCCGACUGCCUACUCCAGUACGAGUUGGCUGCUGCACUGCUCAGUCGAGGGAACACCCAUCGGAAACGCGAUAAAGGAGGUCGAAUAACUGUGGCGCAUAACAUUUUUAUUCAUUUUAUCACGGAUUCUCCAGCAUUCAAUUAUCAUCGCUAUGGGACAUUAUAUCACCUUUCCUUCUAGUCAUCGCUCUGCUUACAUACCGCUGUCUUGUUUUCUCGUUGCAUUGCUUUCUCGUCCUUGUUUUACCCUAUCCAUCGUAGUUACCUCAGCACUCACCUUAUUGUUCUUCUUCCGGAACUUGUAGAAACAGUAGCCACAUGUAAUUUUUGUAACCUAUGAUGCCGUAGACAUGAUUGUUACGUUCCACGAUAUUCUAGAUGCAAGCAUAAUAAGAUAAAUAGUAUCAUGAUCCAGCGCUUAUCAAAAAGUAACACCUAGUGCCUUCUUUUGAUAUUCCCUGCUAUAUAUUCCGCCCGCCACCACUGCAAAAAUAAAAUUAGCUAUUGUUCCAAA